AUGCUGCUCAUCCUCUCCUUCCCGGCAAUACAAAUCCCUCAGGUAGAUCAUCAAGAUGGUAAGAACGUGGUCAAUGUAGAUCCUCUGGAUCAUGGAGCAAACGCCGCUGCUUCACCUAUCAGCUCGAUCUUCUCCAAAGGACUGCCAGUCAAGCGAGGGGACGAUUUCACAAUCCUCCAGGCGCUCUGUAGCAUCGACGUGCUUCUCAUUUUUGCAGCGUCAACGUGUGGCAUUGGCGCUGUGCUCACGGUGACCAACAAUUUCGGCCAGAUUGGAUCGUCCCUGGGGUACUCCCAGGCCGGAACAAACACUUUCAUCGCGCUGCUCAGUAUCUGGGACUUCAUACGUGGCGUUGGCUGCAGCUUCAUCUCGGAUACGUGCCUCGCCAGCUAUGGCGUCUCAAGUGGUCUAGACCAUGAUAGCGGAGAUCUUCGGGCUCAGCUUCCAGCUCCAAAACGUAACUUACGUCGCCAAGGCGCUGGGAACGUAUGUUUUGUCGUCCGUGUGGCCGGAGUUUUAUACGAUCGCGAGAGUAAGCUUGGAUCGAGAGAUGACGAGCUUCUUUGCCAUCGAUCGCAUUGCUACAGAGCAACCUUCUUCGUCAUGGCUGGAGUGUGCUUGUUUGCAGCCGUUGUGAUAUUGUCCAUGAGAACCGCAAAGCUUUAUAGUGUCACUGUUCGAAAGAGACUCACUGGUUAG